UACUAUAAAACAGUCGUUCCACGGCACUUUCCCGCAUAAUGAUCCUCCCGAUUUAUCCGCGCUGACACCGGAAAAUAACGCAUCGCUCGGAAGCAACAGUGUCUAAGUUCCGUGGCUUUUCCAAGCUUUUCCAUCACACUCAUGAUGGUUUCGGGUUUCCGCAAGCCAUUUGCGGUAGUUUUUCUCUCGGUAUUCAUCAUAAUGGUUCAAUCAGAAGGAACAUGCAACAUGGACUUCGAGAGAACCCUCGAAAUCCUCUUCGCCCCACAAGAACAACCAAGUCCGCAAAUACGUUCGCUGAGGAGAUAUCUGAUCUCGAUUUUCCACAAUAUGGUAGCCAGAGCUGAGGAGAUUGAAGGUUGGAACACGUAUGUGUAUCCAAAACGUAGUCUGGAAGCUUUAGCAAGAGCUGGCUAUCUGCACACUCUGCCUGACGACGAGGACAAUCAAACUGACUCCAAUGACAAGAGGAGCCUGUCAGCCCUUGCCAAGAACGGUCAAUUUCCCCUGCAUCAAUUCAGAGACGAGGAAAGUUAUAAAAGGAGCAGUGGACCACCAAAUUCUGGGGAUAUCAGCAAGGAAAUACAGAAAAUGUUGGAUGAUCUCUACAACAACAUUGCACGCGAUGGCAAUACCAAACGUAACCUUGCUUCUAUAGCUCGCGAUGGAGGGUUUGCAGGAAAGAGAAAUGCUGCAGCACUCCUGAAGAACGACAGGUACCUAAGCCACAUGCUGAACCAGGUGGAUUCCAAGAGAAACAUAGCUUCUCUGAAGGCUAGCUACAAGCCACGCUACAAGAGGGAACUGAGCAAUGCCGAUGACUACGAGGAUGAAGAAUACCAGAAUAUCCAGAAUGUUGAUGGUUACGAGAAGCUGGUAGAGGAGCUGCUAGAGGGCCAGCGUGAUCAAAAAAGGUUUCUUGGGUCGAUUGCCAAAUCUGGAUGGUACGAGUCACCGAGGAGUUCUUCCAUGGUGCGUUCAAGCCCAGGAAAACGCCAUAUAGGUUCCCUGGCAAGGUUAGGGUGGCUACCCACCAUCAGAAACGUCAGAAGAUUUAGUAGAUCAGGGAGAUCUUCGUCCAGAAGCUGCAGGGAGGCUUCCUCAGAUGGGCAAAACCAAGACUACUUCAUCACCGACAACGCGGUACCACUAGAUAAUAAACGUUUUCUGCCAGUACCAGCCAUGUGGAAGGUUCCACUACAAACAUUCAAUUACUAAUAGUCUCAACCUCGUUGAAUUCCAUUUUUUUCAAAAAAAUUUAAAAGAGCAAGAAGAUUGUUGUCCAUUAAAAGGAAAAGUAUCAACCAGAAAUCAUAUCGAAACAUAUCACUUUCCAAAUACUCGGCAAGAGGCAGGUGUUGGAUUUUUUGCUUUUGAAUACUUAAACAUUUCCCAUAUCGGACAUAUCUUCUAUGAAAAAAUUAUUAUAUACACAAUAAAUCCUUCUCGAAAACUCAUCAAGGCCAAAUGAUGUUAAGUAAGUCGAAUCGAUGAAGAAUGAAACAAUAAAUUGUUCCUGAAGUCUUUCCUAUGUGACUGAAUUUAUAAAUAUGAAAUGGUUUUCGAUUGUUAUAUGAAAAGGAGAAAGAUUUCGGAAAAAAAAAACAAAAAGUAGAUUUAGAUUCCGGCUGGAAACAUUUGACAAUAUUUUGCUGUACUCGACAAUACUGAAUGAAGAAACAACUCAGACAAUAAAUGUCAACAAUAAUUAUAUUCUGAAUUUUGUGAAUGCUUUCUAUAUAUUUAUUAUAAAUAAUGAUAUGACGUGAAAUUUUAAGAAUAUUUAUGUAUAUUUGGUGUUCGUUCUGGAAAUAAAUAAAGAUGUGAACAAAUUGA